AUGAGUGGGUAUCUAACCCAUUUCUACAGGAAUUUUGCCAGGGCCUUGAACGGCACCCUCUGGGUACGUUGGGAUCUAGUUCCCGAAGAUGGUACUCCCACACACAAUGUCACAUUGAAACUGCUGACCGACGGCCUGGUUGACUUUCCAUUGGUGCUGACCACCCUCACUCCGGAGCCGUUUUAUCCCAGCUACGUGUCGGAGAUCUCCAGUUGGUUUCUAAUGGUGCCAGUAGAACCUGAUAUGCCACCCUCCAGUCUAUAUUUCAACCUCAAAGGAUGGCGGUACUUUUUGGGACUAAUGGUUAUUUUGGCUUUCCUUCUGGUGAAUGCCCAUCGUAUAGAGUCGGGUCAAGGUUUUUUCACCUUGCAGUGCGGGCACAUCUUUGGGGACCAUGUGCUGAGGGCCAUCCUGUCCCAAUCUUUCGUCAUGCCCAACACCCUCUCCCACAGUCGGACGAUACUCUAUAGCCUGCUGAUGUUGGCCGGGCUUAUAGUUACCACUUUCUACGGCACCAAUCUGGCCACCUUGCUUGUCGAUCCUCCUCCAGCCUACAAAAUAUUGAGUUAUAAUGAUCUGAGGUUGACAAACGGCAAGAUAUUUAUUUCCCAGCAAGAGCUACCAACCCUGAAUGAAUCAAUUGGCCAGGACGCUUUGAAUGCCAACCUAGACGUCUUUGAGAUUACCCCAUCUACGGUGGAAUUUCUUACCAAACGAAAUGAGUUGAACACUACCUACGGUUAUCCGGUCACCAACACCUUGUGGCCACUCUUGCAGUUGAAGCAGAUCAAGCUGCAUCGUCCUCUCUUUCGUAAAUCACACGAAAUAAGUUUUAUGCAGUUUAUGCCGGUCACCAUGCCCAUGGCCAGAAACUCUAUAUAUCGCGAUGUUUUCAAUAGAUAUUUAAGCCACACCCUGCAAAGUGGACUAUAUGAUCUGUGGUUUCGUCGAUCCUAUUCCGAACUCAUUGCCAUCGGAAAACUAAACUACAGCUCGGAUAUGUCUGAUGGGCUUUACCACGAUCUAGUUUGGAAGGAUUUGUUGUAUGUCUGGAUUGCCUAUAUUGGAGGAACUCUCAUAAGUCUCUUGGUGUUUUCGUUGGAGAUACUCUACUUCAAAUAUCAUUAA